AUGCCAACGAUUGGGGUGGACAAGGCGGCUUUGUACAAGGCACUGGGCCGGGAGUACACCAAGGACGAGUUCGACGAGCUAUGCUUCGAAUUCGGUAUUGAGCUGGACGAGGAUACCUCGGAAUCCAAGAGGCCGAUUGUGAAUGGAGUGGAAGAGGCACCACAGCUGAAGAUUGAAAUACCCGCCAACCGAUAUGACAUGCUGUGCUUCGAGGGUAUCGCCAUGGCACUCAAUGUCUUCCUGGGCCGCCAGACGAUGCCCAACUAUCGUCUGACAGCACCGACAAAGCUGCAGACGGUUACGAUUCACGAGGACACUGCACGGAUACGACCCUACUUCUCAUGUGCUAUUCUCCGAAAUGUCACGCUUGGUCAGGCAGGAUACGACUCAUUCAUUGCACUCCAGGAUAAACUGCAUGCCAACCUGGCUCGCAAUCGGACACUCGUGGCCAUUGGCACCCACGACAUGGAUACGUUGGAGGGCCCCUUCACCUACGAAGCUCUCCCACCGGACCAGAUCAAGUUUGCGCCCCUAAACCAGACCAAGGAGAUGACCGGCAGGGAAAUGAUGGAGUUCUACGAGAAGGACAAGCACCUUUCUCGCUUCCUGCCCAUCAUUCGCGAUUCUCCCGUCUACCCCAUCAUCUACGACAAGAACAGGACCGUUCUUUCGAUGCCGCCGAUCAUCAAUAGCAACCACUCUAAAAUCAGCCCAACAACAAAGAACAUUUUCAUCGACAUAACGGCCACUGACAAGACCAAGCUAGAGAUUGUCAACCACAUCCUCGUAGCAAUGUUCUCGCAAUACUGCGCCGAGCCCUUCACCAUUGAACCAGUCGAAAUCAUCUCGGCUCACAAUGGCGAGUCGAGAACAACACCAAACCUCGAGCCACGCGCCACCACAGCCUCUUCCACAUUCAUCAACUCGGUUUGCGGCCUUGAAGAAUCCCGCGAGUCUCUGUGUGACCUGCUCAAAAAGAUGGGUCACUCAGCGAAGCCUUCACAAUCCGACUCCGACAAGCUAGAGGUUGACAUUCCCAUUACUCGCGCCGACGUCCUUCACGAAGCAGAUAUCAUGGAAGACGCUGCCGUUGCCUACGGCUUCAACAAUCUUCCCAAGAACUUCCCAAGAACCACCGGUGGCCAUGCCGCGGGUUUACCCAUCAACAAGCUUGGCGACAUCGUCCGACAAGAGGCCGCAAUGGCAGGCUGGAGCGAGGUUAUGCCCCUCAUCCUCUGCAGUCACGCCGAGAACUACGCCGAUCUYAACCACGAAGAUGACAACCUCGCAGUCCGGUUGGCAAAUCCCAAAACCAAAGAGUAUCAGAUCGUCCGCACAYCGCUCAUUCCAGGUCUCCUUAAGACGAUUCGGGAAAACAAACGUCACGCGGUUCCAAUCAAGGUCUUUGAGGUCUCAGAAGUGUGUUUCAAGGAUGCUUCAAUGGAGCGGAGAUCGAGGAACGAGAGGCAUUUCGCGGCUGCCUGGUACGGAAAGACGAGUGGAUUCGAGCAAGUGCAUGGUUUGAUGGAUCGUAUCAUGCUCAUGUUGAGCUGCAAGAGCAUCGACAAGGAGACGGGUCUCGAGGUGGGGAAGAAAGACGGAAAGCCGCCAAAGACCGCAUAUUUCAUCGAGGAGGUCGAAGAUCCCACCUAUCUGGCUGGACAUGCCGCCGGCAUCUUCGUCCAGCUCAACGGUGACAAGAGUAAGCGUGAGCGAAUCGGUACUUUUGGCAUUCUACAUCCAACAGUGCUCAAGAAGUUUGAGCUGCCUUUCCCAACUUCGACGCUGGAGCUCAACAUCGAAAAAUUCCUGUAG